AUGGCGCUCCCUCCAGGCUACACCAUCCACCCCGGCGUGCCCGCCGUAGAGACGUAUCUGCAUCUCCGCACGUCCACCGGCCUCACGCCUCCAAGCGCCGCCCAGGCUGCUGUCUCGGUCCACGGCGCCUGGUAUGGCUGCCACAUUGUGUACGCACCAGAAAAUCAAACUUCGUCCGAGAUCGUCGCCAUGGGCCGGAUUAUCGGCGACGGGGGCUGGUACUUUGUCAUCACCGACAUGGCCGUCUCCAAGGACCAUCAGCGCAAGGGCCUCGGCGACGCAGUCUUGAAGCAUCUACUACACAAAAUCAAGUCCACUGCGCCUGUGGAAGAUGGCUUUCCGCCGUAUAUCAACCUGCUCGCAGACCCGCCGGGCAGGAAGCUGUACGAAAGGAAUGGGUUUGUGUAUACGGCGCCGCGCUCGCUGGGGAUGGUCUACAAGGGGGAUUUCUAG